AUGAAUCUUCCUUUCUCCUCCAAGGUAGUUCCUGAAGCGGAGUCCGUGCAAGACACCCAAGAAAGGCCACAGGUAGGGUCUGGGCAGCUGGGGCCACAGUUGGAGCCAGAGGAGGAAGGGUCGGAGUCAGAGCGACCCCAGUCCUGCGAGCGAUCCGUAGGGCCCAAGCUAGUCUUGGUGGGGCAGUGCUCUACUAACAACAGGUCGACAACUCAGGCUACUGAGAGUAAGAAGCCUCCAAUCCACACCGACUGCCUGGAGGCACCGCUCAAACUAGUCUUCCAGCGGCUGGGCUGGGUGGUAGGCUCUCAUCCCUGGUUCUUCCUGCUAGGGUCCUUGCUGCUGACGGCCCUUCUCAGCACUGGCUUUGUGCACCUGCCCAAGGACAAAAAAGAAAAUCUUGAGGAGCAGUACUCCCCGAUUGGAAGCCCGGCCAAGAGAGAGCGGUUCUUCGUACAGGGACAUUUCACCACCAAUGACUCCCUUCGCUUCUCUGCCACCAGGAAGAGCACUGAAUCCAAUUUUGCUACCAUUGUGGUAGUCUCCAACACCGCUACGCUGCUGGAACCAGACAUUUUUAGUGAAAUUAAUAAACUGGACCGCGCGGUGAAGGCUCUGUUUGUAGUACAGGAAAACGGAACCCUCAUCCAGUACCCGCAAGUGUGUGCCAAGUUCAUGGGCCACUGCGUGUCCUCCAACCCGCUCCUGGCCAUCUGGCAGCUGAAGAGAGACUUUAACCUGAGAAACAUCACUUUCCCCAUCUACAAUUUCAACCAUCAGUUUAUCCACCUGACCCGCAUCGUUGGAGGUAAUGUCUUAGGCGAGAGGAAGGAAAAGAACCAGGUGCUCUUGGCGUCCAAAGCCAUGAGGCUGCAGUACUACCUGCAGACCGAGCGAGCAGAGGACAACGAGAAGAGCCAGAUGUGGCUGAUCCAUUUCCUGAACCAAUUUACCGACAUGAAGAAGGGGCUGGCCUUGAAGAGGAUCCAGGCAGUCUACUUUACAUCACUUUCCAGACAAUUGGAAUUUGAGGCAACUACUGAGAGUGUGGUCCCUUUGUUUCACUUGGCAUACCUUCUAAUCAUAUUAUUUGCAAUCAUAUCAUGCUGCAGGUUUGACUGUGUACAAAACAAAAUGUGGGUUGGAGCCUUUGGAAUGAUUUCUGUUGCCUUGGCAGUAGUGAGCGGCUUUGGCCUGAUGUUGUACAUUGGCGUUCCAUUUGUGACCAUAGUUGCAAAUUCACCAUUUCUUAUUCUAGGUGUUGGGGUCGAUGACAUGUUUAUCAUGAUUUCUGCCUGGCAGAAGACCAACCUCAUGGAUAACAUAAGACAGCGGCUAUCUAAUGUCUAUUCAAAGGUGGCAGUAUCCAUUACAAUCACCACCAUCACCAAUAUCCUGGCCUUCUAUACAGGAAUUAUGACCUCUUUCAGGUCCAUACAAUACUUUUGCAUCUACACAGGAACAACCCUGCUCUUUUGUUACUUUUAUAACAUCAUCUGUUUUGGAGCAGUUUUGGCCCUGGAUGGUAAAAGAGAAGUCAUCUGUCUAAACUGGUUGCAAAAGCCAGAGUCUCCUGACCAAAAGUGCUUCUCUUUGAAAAGGGCCUGCUGUGUCCCACUUGGUUCUCUCCCAGAUGAACACGGAAGUGGUAUCCAUCCUAUUAAUUUGUUCUUUAGAGACUAUUUUGGCCCUUUUCUCAUAAGCACUAAGUCCAAAUUUUUUGUAGUGCUGCUAUACCUUUUGUAUAUCAUAAGCAGUAUAUAUGGGUGUUUCCAAGUGCAGGAAGGUUUAGAUGUUCGAAAUCUGGCCAGUGAUGACUCCUAUGUCACACCAUAUUUUGAUGUAGAUGAAGAGUAUUUUUCAGAGUAUGGCCCCAUGGUCAUGGUUGUUGUUACUCAACAUGUUGACUACUGGAAUCAAGAUGUUAGGCAAAAAUUGGAAAAAUGUAUGAUAGAGUUUGAAAACAAUGAGUAUGUAGCUAAAAAUCUCACAGAGUUUUGGUUAAGAACGUAUGUACAAUACAUGGAAGAAGCAAGACAAGAUAUAAAUGAUCAGAAUACUUUUGUAAACAAUAUUCCCAUAUUUUUAAGGAAUUUUUCAAAUUUUAUUUAUGAUAUUAAUAUUACUUCAUCAAAUGAAAUAAUUUCUUCCCGGGCCUUCAUUCAGACCAGAGGUAUUUCUUCUCCAUCCAAUAAGAAGAUAAUGUUACAACAGUUUCGAGGCAUCGCUGGAAAGUGUGAAGUUCCUCUAUUGGUAUAUAACCAGGCCUUCAUAUAUUAUGAUCAGUAUGAUGUCAUAGUGGAAAACACUAUUCGAAGUGUCAUAGUUGCAUCACUGGCUAUGUUAAUUGUUUCUCUACUGUUAAUUCCUCAUCCAGUGUGCUCCUUGUGGGUAACUUUUGCUAUUUCCUCUGUGGUUGUGGGAGUAACAGGUUUCAUGGCAUACUGGAAUGUAAACCUUGAUUCCAUAUCCAUGAUGAAUCUUGUCAUUUGUAUAGGGUUUUCUUUCGAUUUUUCUGCCCACAUAUGCUAUGCAUUUGUUUCCAGUUCUAAGCCCUCAGAAAACCAAAAAGCAAUUGAGGCAUUAUAUCUACUAGGCUAUCCAGUGUUACAAAGUGCAGUUUCAACAGUAAUAGGGGUGUGUGUUUUAUAUACGUCUAAUGCAUACAUCUUCAGGACAUUUUUUAAGGUUAUAUUUCUUGUUAUGGUGUUUGGGGCUAUUCAUGGCCUAAUUUUUAUUCCAGUAUUCUUAACCAUUUUUUGGAAACUUUGGUUGAAUGUGCACUAA